AUGUCCAACAAACCCAAGCCCGACACUCUCUUGGGUCUCACCAACUCCGAGCAGAAGGUCCUCCUCCUGAGCAUCGUCUGCACCGACGAAAGUAAUAAACUCGAUUUCGGCAAACUAGCCCAUUACGGCGGGUACAAGAACUCAGCCUCCGCUAGUACAACGUAUCGAAACGCAAAGCGCAAGCUGAACGACUACACGCCAGAACCACCCACCGCCGAGGGCUCCACAGCCAACACCCCCAAGAGGGGUCGUCCCCCCAAGAAGGCCGUGGCCCCAGAACCCCCAAUGGCUGCCGACUCGGAGCCCGCGGAAGAAGGAGCAGCAGCACCAGCUCCGAAAGCGAAGCGCCAGCGUAUCACAAAGAAGGGUAUCGCACAGGUGAUCAAGAAAGACUCGUAUGAUGGCCAAAUCAAUCGCAGCAGCGAAGACACCGUUAAGUCUGAGCCCAGUUCCUCCAUGGCCAAAACCAAACGUAGCAUUAAAUCUGAGGAUAGCUCUGUCAAAGGAGAGGAUGUUUCGAUCAAGGAGGAGAUGGCGUCCAUUAAGCAGGAACCGGAGGAUGUCUACGACGAAUGCAAGACCGAGGAUGAGACCCCUAUGUCCAACGAGCAGCUUGAUGCUCAGCUCGACGCUAUGUACGAGGCUGCCCAGGCUGGUGUCAAGGCUGAGGCGGAGGAUGAUGCUUAA